AUUUGUAAACAAAACCGUUAAAUUUUUGCUUUAGCAGUAUCCAGUUCGAAUUCUACUAGUUUCAUUACAAAACUAAACAAAAUCAAUCAUGGAUCGUCCGAUGACUAUAUCUGAGUAUAGCAACUGGCUACUUCUCAUCGCGGCCGAGGAUGCUGCCUGCACUCAAGCUUCCCAGCAAAUAGUGGAACAAGUCGAAAAACUGGUCGCAUUCAGAGAUAAUAUUACUUCGGAAACAUGGCUAACUUUUUGUGGUCCGUCAUUUGGUUGCUUCUGCUGAUCUUUGUUGGAUUUUGGGUCGGAUUCUUCUGUGCUGGCUGGUAUGUCAUCAUCUACCCCCUGACAGUAUGCAUACCGGACGUGGCGGUUAUUUCCGAUUUUCUUCUCAAAGGAGCGCAAUUUGUGCACUACUGCGCCAAGAACAUGAUGGAAGGAAAUGCUCUAUUCUAAGGAUUCCCACCGAAUAACUUAUUUAUAAACAAAUCGCAUAUAUUUUCUAUUUACAAACCGAUACUGUUCACACGAGAAUUAAGUUUUGUUUGUAGUUUGUUUUUAUCGGAGAGAUUUAUUUUCAUAUACGCCUCACCGUUUGGUAAGGUGUUAUUUUUUAACGCGAGUUCUAUAUUACUGGAACAUACGCCUCGAAUCCAUAGAAAUUAAAAACUGCUAGUGCAAAUCGAGCCACGUACGGAGUUCAUCAUUGUAUACUAACGGAACAGAAAUCGUAAAUCCGGAAAGCAUUGUAUUGCACUCGGAAUACUGGGUAUGAAGGGUUUGCUACAUGAAGAAGUAGAUACGUUCCCCUGAGUGCAUCCGGAAAAGCUUUAAAUCGUAAUAAAAUAAAUAAUUCAAGAACAA